UGUGAAAACUGGAUUCCCACGCCCCUUCUCCUGAUACAAAGCUCCUCCUGCUGUAAUCCUCCAUAACUCUUUGCUUUUUGUAUAAAGAAUAAAAGAAGAAAAAGAUUAAGAGAAAUUAAGGUCCAAACAUAAAUGGGAAAAGACACAGUCUGGGAAAAAACAGGGAUAAAGAUGGACAGGAGGUGUGACGUGUUUCAGACAGGUGGCUAGAAAGAAAAUCAGCUACAGGACAACUUAAUACAUUAUGUGAGAAGUCAGUCUAAUUGAUAAAGUAGUUUUGUUUUAUCACUUUCUAGGCAGACCACCAAAUAUGAGCUGGUAGGUCUGGACUUUAUCAAGUGUCUGCAAGAGAGAGAGGACAGCUGUGUUCAAAUGCUCAAGUCGUACAAUUCCGCACUCAGCAAAAGAGAGAGGGAGCCAAGUAGAGGGAGGAAAAGAAUACAGAGAGUGUACUGUGAGCUCAAAGAAAGAGAUAUUGACACGCGGCGAAGUGUGUAGGUAGGCUGGGAGACUUCAUUCUCCACGGACAGACAGCACAGAGCCAAACCGUGAAAGUGAGAUCGCUGGUGCACUAGAAGGCAGCGUGGCAGGUGCAUAACGAUAUCGAAGGAGAGGUUAGCUGUCGGAUGGAGCAUGAGGAUGGAGAGAUGAGAGGUUCGCCCAAAGAGUGGAAAGUUUUGGUCAGGAUGACAGAGCAGGACAGAGUGAGCCAAGCUUCCAGCCUGGCCACCAUCUCCGCCUUUCCUGUGCGGUACCAGGGUAAGGAAUCCAAGGUGCAUAAUUUUGGAAAAAGAGCCAGAGCUCUGAAGAGAGAUCCGAACUGCCCGGUCGUGAUCCGGGGAUGGCUGUACAAGCAGGACAGUUCAGGACUGAAGCUUUGGAAAAGAAGAUGGUUUGUUUUGUCAGACUUCUGUUUAUUUUAUUACAAAGACAGCAGAGAAGAGGCAGUCUUGGGCAGCAUCCCACUGCCCAGCUACAGGAUUCUCUUCUGUACUCCCAGAGAAUGUAAGAACAGGAAGUAUGCAUUUAAAGCAGUGCACCAGGGCAUGCGUUCCUACUUCUUUUGCGCAGACACUCAGGAGGACAUGCUGGGCUGGGUCAGGGCCCUCAGUCAAUCAGCCUGCAUGGAUACAGAGGGCUCCCUGAACAGGCGCUGCUCCAGUUUCCAGGAUUUCACACAGCUGGGGGGCAGCAGUGAAUCACUCACAUUCUUUCACAUGUCUUCUCCGAAAAACGGUCCCACCCAGCCCACGAUGUACAGCAACGGGCCGCAAAGUGAAUCCUGCAACUUACAGAAUGCAACAGCCGGAACGACACACACAGACUAUGAGGGGAAACAGGCCUUCAGUCCAUUACCAAGAACUUCAACACCUACAAGUUAUAGUGGACCAAGAAGACGUGGCCAGUCUUUGAGCCUGGAAGGAAAUGAGCAAGACAGCCACCCUUUUAUUUUCAGGAUCCAAACCCCACCUCCCAUUCUGAAAUCGAGUGGAUCCAGGCCUUUGACGCCAAAGUGUCAACUCGGAACGCGGCCACACACUCCAGUGGGCAGAGUCGACAUUCGGCCCAAUGACGACCACCUAUUGCCACCUCAAAAUAUGGGCUAUUCUCCUCCAUCUCCUCAACGGGAGACCAGUCUGAGCUCAACCACUCCUACCCCAGAAAAAAGACGGCUUAAGCACCCCUCACACUUCUCGCCUCAGCCUCAUGUCCCCAUCAUACGAAGAGGACCGGGGAAGGCCUGCUCUCAUGGGGGGCAGGCUGGCUCGUUGCCUCCUUUGCCUCCACCAAGAAUUGCCCCAGCCGCUCCCCCACCUCACCAUCACCAUCACCACCACCACCUCCGCAGUCCUAUGUCUGCGUGUCUGCUACAGCAUGCUAUGCCUUCGCCCUCAGACGUCUACCAGGACAGAGAUCCAUUUAGACCCGUAGAAUUGGAUGUUGAUGCAAUUUUGACAAGAAUCUGUGGCUGUGAUAAGCUGCUUCAGGCACUUUCCAAAGAACUGGUUCAACUUCAAGCAGACAAGGACAAUGUUCAGUGUGCUUUGGAGAUGACAAGGUUGCAGCUGGAUGACCACCUGGCUCAGGGGCUCAGUGUUCAGGGAAAAGAUGGGCUGUCCCAGAAAGGUUUUCUCCAGGAGGAGCUGGUCACUGUCAGAGCCAGGCUUUGUGAUAUUUCUGGGGAAAUGGAGAAGGUGUGGAGUCAAUAUGAGAGGAUGGAGAGUGAGCUGUCAGUCGUACGUUCACAUCUUCAGCACAUCUGUCGAUUUGGAAGGCCUCAGGAACAGUCCCAAGCCCAGAGAGAGCUGUGGAUGAUGGAGGAUAUUCUUUGUGGCCUUGGGGCCAACAGGAAUCACUUCCGGGCUAUAUUGGCAUUACAGAGGCAAACAGUUCUUCAGAAGAGUGCCUUUCAUCAUGAAGGACCAAGACCUCAAGUGGGCAGGUCACCGAGUGGGAUCCCUAUGGAGGUGGAGUUGGAGCCCCCUCCGCGCCCCCCCUUACCCCAGGAGGUGCAGGAGAGCGGGCUGAGGCCAGGCUGGCUGGAGAGGCAGGCUGAAGUAGAGGUGUUCUCCAGUGAUCUGUCCUCCUGCCAUCGGUCGCUAGAUCGAACAGGAAACAGCCUCACUGUUUUACCUAGAGAAAAAAAGCAGGCGGACGUGAUGCCAGAGAACCUGGAGGAAACCCCACGACGACAUGGGGAGAACAUGCAAAUUCCACAGACAUGUGACCCAGGUGGAGAUUCGAACCCGGGUCCCAGAGCUACCCUGCCUGGUUUUACUGCCUCCAGCUGGGUUACAUCCGACACAGCAACUAAGCGAGCAAGGAUGAGUGAGGAGGAGCAGAGAGAAAGAAUAAGGAGAAACCAAGAACGGCUAUCAAAUCAGAAGAAAGGAGGUUUGCCAACAGGCAUUAACCACAUCCAGUAUCAAAGGUCAUCUCCACCCAGGGAAGAGCCCCUCCUUCCCAUCAGAGUGACACGAGUCUAUACUGCCGUCUUGCCAUCUGCACUGAUAGCUCGACGUGUGUCAGUUGAAGACCCUCCUUCUGAGUUGGUCAAUCCUUUCCCACAGCAAAUCGCCGCUGGAACACCUUUUUCAGAGCUUGACCAAAACCAAAAGUCACUCUUCCAGGAGACAUCGAACCGAAAUUCCCCACGGCUAAAACCAGGCAGAGCAGACGAUCAGUCUGAUGAAAGAUUGCCAUCUGAUUUAUCAUCAGAAAUUUUUCAGGAUAGACCAGAUACGUCCCACACAGCCAAAGGACUGUCAACACAAAAGAUGCAGAAGCUUACAAAAGAAGAGGACUCACAAUUACAGAGCCAUAACCACAGCACUAUCCCAUCCACCCAAAGCACAGAAGCAGCUGAGGAAUAUUUAAAAGAUGUGGCUAAAUUAGAAGCUGAAAAUGUGCUCUGGUCCCAGACAAAUGACUGUACGGCAUCAGAACAUGGAAUCUCGCCUUCUGAUGGUGGAGCUAAACCAGAAGAUGGGGACCCUGGCUUAGCAGGAGUGAUGCUGGGAAAUGGAAGAAGAGAAAAGCCCGGAAUUCGAGCAUGCCUGCUAGCUGCUGAUCCGGGACUCGACCUCCGUCUGACUCCAGAGCAGAGAGAAGCAAAACUUAAACGUGUGGAGAGGAUCAGGGAGCGAGUAAUAAAAAGUGCAGCCAGAGAGAGCAUUAUGCACCCCCUCUCUCCACCGCUAGGGGGCAACAGAGAACAUAUUGUCAACUUGUCUCUCAAGCUGGCAAAUAAGGCUUCAAAAAAGAGCAAAGGAAUGGCAGCUUGCUCUGAAGUUUCUGAUGAAUGCCUGGUUACUGAAGACCUGGACUGUGGUGGUGGUUGCUAUAGUGAUAGGAAUCCUGAACUUCGCCUUAGAGGUACAACUAAGCCCAAACCUAGCAGAAUCCCAUCAAUUACUGCUAAUAAAGGAAGAUAUAGUUUGAAAGGAACAGGAAGUUUGAAGGAUGCUGCGAACACCUUAAGGAAGACACCCAACAAUGAUCACAGCAAAAGUUUGGAUGUCACAUGUCAUGCCAGAAACGUCUCUCCGAAUCAAUUAAAUACAACCAAUAAUAUCACCGCACUCCUAGUGUGUCCAAGAAAUAGGGAUCAGCAGUCAGUCCAAAAGGAAGGCAAUUUAUAUCCAUCCCAUAAUAAUGAAAAUGAGACUAACGAGGAAGCAGGCAACUCUGUCAGUCGGAAACGUCAGUUCAACAGCAGGAGGACAGAAUGGUUUCUUUCAGACAAUCACAAUGUAGAAUAUAUACCUUUAGUGAAUCAAUUUAAAGAACCUAAUUCAGGUGACAACAGCACAGAUCAAGGCAACACAUACUCUCACUUAAGGUGGCAGCCAGCGAUGAUAACAAGCAACAAUAAAAAAUCUCUGCAGUUUUCAUCCAAACAGAAGGUCUCAGAAGCUGAUAUAUCUGUUGUAUCCCCUUAUUCUACUGGGAAAAUGGAACAGCGAUCAAUAGAUCCAGCCACCCAUCAUGUGCCACCUCACCAAAGCUUAGUACAUCAUGCCCAAAGUUCAACAGCGGACAAUUUAAUAUAUGAAAUUAAAAAUUCUGAUGAGAGUGCUGCAAUGAUCCUGGAAGGAACAACAUCAGAAAAGAAAAAGAAUGACGUUUUUGAGCAAUCAAAUAAAAAACCUGUACUAUCACAGAGCCUGGCCAAUGGGGAAAAGCAAGACAUCCAAAGCAAUGAAAAACAAGGUUACAGCUUUACAAAUGAAGGGAACUGCAACAAAUUAUUGGCCAACCAAACAAUUCCUACUUAUGCUACAAUCCACUUCAUACCAGCUCCUCUUUUGGAUACAAAUCAGGACAAAGAAAACCACACUUUUUUAACUUUACACAGUGAAUCUAGAGACUCACACUCUGACCCUCAAAAUACCUCUGUCGAUCAAAUGACCUCUUCUUUGACCAAAUCAAUUAAAGAUUUGCACAUUUAUGAGGAAAUAUCCUUCAAUUCUACUCCCUCAGAAUCACAGCCUAAUCAUAGCCAUAAUACCAUACUAACAGAUAAUGAAUUCACAUCAUCCAGCUACCUACAGUCCAGUUGCUCAGAAAUCCUGCCCAAUAAUUUGUCUGCAUAUUCGACCAAUCAAAGAGAUGAGAAGGAAAUAGAAAAAGAAAACACCGAUUGUGAUUGGCCUGAUGAAAAUACAUCACCUACUGAGGGACAGACAAAUUUGGAGGCAACCAAAAGUAGCAAUUCAGAGGUGAGCAGAGAAUCUCCACUUGGAAAAGAUAUGAUUAGUUAUAGCUCUGAAGUUAAUGACAAGAAGGACGACCAGGGCUCUGAAUUUAUAAGGGCAAGAGUGACUGUUGUGAGAACCAGUUUGUAAACCAGUCUGAGUGGAAACGACACGUUCAGUGGAAGGUUUGAGUAAGUUGGGAGAGGAAAUGUCCAUGAGACUUGGAGGAGAGUGUAAAGGAGCCAGCAAUGGGAGUGUAUCAAGCAUGCGGUAGCAGCAAUGAACUGAUGAAUAGCAAAAAACUAACUUACUAAAAACAUAUUGUAAGACAUAAUCUAUUCCAAUUCUCAUAAUUAUUCAUAUCAAGCAUGUUACAGUUGUCAGUACAAUGCACAUUACAUUUGUCAAUAGUCUAUAUAUUACAUUUGCCUGUUUAAUUUAUGCUUUUGUAAACAAUCCCUCUAUCGAUGUAAUUAUUGUUUUUACUGAAAGUUUUUAACAUUCAGUCCCUUUACGGGUAUGCUUAUUAAAUGAAUAAAACGUAUCUGAAAACAA